UGGCCCUGAGUGAGGAGCAGACACGGUCGGGUGCAGAGGACCCGGGGCUGGAGGAGAUGGAUGUAAAGGACCGGAAGCCUUACCGCUCGCUGACCCGGCGCCGCGACGCUGAGCGCCGCUACACCAGCUCGUCGGCCGACAGCGAGGAGGGCAAAGCCCCGCAGAAGUCCUAUAGCUCCAGCGAGACCCUGAAGGCCUACGACCAGGACGCCCGCCUGGCCUACGGAGGCCGCGUCAAGGACAUGGUGCCGCAGGAGGCCGAGGAGUUCUGCCGCGGAGGCACCAAUUUCACCCUGCGUGAGCUUGGACUGGGCGAGGUGACCCCACCUCAUGGGACCCUCUACCGGACAGACAUUGGACUCCCCCACUGUGGCUACUCCAUGGGGGCCAGCUCUGAUGCAGACCUGGAGGCUGACACAGUUCUGUCCCCCGAGCACCCUGUGCGCCUUUGGGGCCGAAGCACACGGUCAGGACGCAGUUCCUGCCUGUCUAGCAGGGCCAACUCCAACCUCACACUCACCGACACGGAGCACGAGAACACGGAGACCGAUCACCCUGGCGGCCUGCAGAACCACCCUCGACUCCGGACACCACCUCCACCGCUCUCCCAUGCCCAUACCCCCAACCAGCACCACGCGGCCUCCAUCAACUCCCUGAACAGGGGCAACUUCACUCCAAGAAGCAACCCCAGCCCAGCACCCACGGACCACUCGCUGUCAGGAGAACCCCCAGCCGGCAGCGCCCAGGAGCCCGCCCAUGCCCAGGACAACUGGUUGCUCAAUAGCAACAUACCGCUGGAGACCAGAAACCUAGGCAAGCAGCCAUUCCUAGGGACAUUGCAGGACAACCUCAUUGAGAUGGACAUUCUCAGCGCCUCCCGCCAUGAUGGGGCUUACAGUGACGGGCACUUCCUCUUCAAGCCUGGAGGCACCUCCCCACUCUUCUGCACCACAUCCCCAGGGUAUCCACUGACAUCCAGCACCGUGUAUUCCCCGCCACCCAGGCCCUUGCCCCGCAGCACCUUCUCCAGGCCAGCCUUGAACCUCAAGAAGCCCUCCAAAUACUGCAACUGGAAGUGUGCAGCCCUGAGCGCCAUCGUCAUCUCUGCCACACUGGUCAUCCUGCUCGCAUACUUUGUAGCCAUGCACCUGUUUGGCCUAAACUGGCACCUGCAGCCGAUGGAGGGGCAGAUGUAUGAGAUCACGGAGGACACAGCCAGCAGUUGGCCUGUGCCAACGGACGUCUCCCUGUAUCCUUCAGGGGGCACUGGCUUAGAGACCCCUGACAGGAAAGGCAAAGGAGCCGCAGAAGGAAAACCCAGUAGUUUCUUUCCAGAGGACAGUUUUAUAGACUCUGGAGAAAUUGACGUGGGGAGAAGAGCUUCCCAGAAGAUCCCUCCUGGUACUUUCUGGAGAUCUCAGGUGUUCAUAGACCACCCUGUGCAUCUGAAGUUCAAUGUGUCCCUGGGAAAAGCAGCUCUGGUUGGCAUUUAUGGCAGAAAAGGCCUUCCUCCUUCACAUACUCAGUUUGACUUUGUGGAGCUACUGGAUGGAAGGAGGCUCCUGACCCAGGAGGCACGGAGCCUGGAAGGACCCCAGCGCCAAUCUCGGGGUGUAGUGCCUCCAUCCAGCCACGAGACCGGCUUCAUCCAGUAUCUAGAUUCUGGAAUCUGGCACCUGGCCUUUUACAAUGAUGGGAAGGAGUCUGAAGUGGUUUCCUUUCUCACCACUGCUGUUGAAUCGGUGGAUAACUGCCCCAGCAAUUGCUAUGGCAAUGGAGACUGCAUCUCGGGGACCUGUCACUGCUUCCUGGGCUUUCUGGGCCCAGACUGCGGCCGAGCCUCCUGCCCUGUGCUGUGCAGCGGGAAUGGCCAGUACAUGAAGGGCAGGUGCCUGUGCCACAGCGGCUGGAAGGGUGCCGAGUGUGAUGUGCCUACCAGCCAGUGCAUCGAUGUGGCCUGCAGCAGCCAUGGCACCUGCAUCAUGGGCACCUGCAUCUGUAACCCCGGCUACAAGGGCGAGAGCUGUGAGGAAGUGGACUGCAUGGACCCCACUUGUUCGGGCCGGGGUGUCUGUGUAAGAGGCGAGUGCCACUGCUCUGUGGGAUGGGGAGGCACCAACUGUGAGACACCCAGAGCCACAUGCCUGGACCAGUGCUCAGGUCAUGGGACCUUCCUUCCAGACACCGGGCUCUGCAACUGUGACCCUAGCUGGACUGGACAUGAUUGUUCUAUUGAGAUCUGCUCUGCAGACUGCGGUGGCCAUGGAGUCUGCGUGGGGGGCACCUGCCGCUGCCAGGAUGGAUGGACCGGGACUGCAUGUGACCAGCGGGCCUGCCACCCACGCUGUGCUGAACACGGGACCUGCCGAGAUGGCAGAUGCGAGUGUAGCCCCGGCUGGAACGGCGAGCACUGCACCAUCGCUCACUAUCUGGAUAGGGUAGUUAAAGAGGGUUGCCCUGGGCUGUGCAAUGGUAAUGGCAGAUGUACCUUGGGCCUGAAUGGCUGGCAAUGUGUCUGCCAGCUGGGCUGGAGAGGAGCUGGCUGUGACACGUCCAUGGAAACCGCAUGUGGAGACAGCAAAGACAACGAUGGAGAUGGUUUGGUGGACUGCAUGGACCCUGACUGUUGUCUCCAGCCCCUCUGUCACUCCAAUUCACUGUGCCUGGGCUCCCCAGAUCCUCUGGACAUCAUCCAGCACAUGCAAACCCCUGUGUUCCAACAAAAUCUCCAGUCCUUCUAUGAUCGAAUCAAGUUCCUCGUGGGCAGAGACAGCACACACAUCAUCCCUGGAGAGAACCCCUUUGAUGGAGGACAUGCAUGUGUCAUUCGUGGUCAAGUGAUGACGUCAGAUGGGACCCCACUGAUUGGAGUGAACAUCAGUUUCGUCAAUAACCCUCUCUUUGGGUAUACAAUCAGCAGGCAAGAUGGCAGCUUUGACCUGGUCACCAAUGGUGGCAUCUCCAUCAUCCUGAGGUUCGAGCGGACACCUUUCAUCACGCAGGAACACACCCUCUGGCUACCCUGGGAUCGCUUCUUUGUCAUGGAAACCAUCAUCAUGCGACAUGAGGAGAAUGAAAUUCCCAGCUGUGACCUGAGCAACUUCGCCCGCCCCAACCCUGUUCUGUCUCCAUCCCCACUGACGUCCUUUGCUAGCUCCUGUGCUGAGAAAGGCCCUAUUGUGCCAGAAAUCCAGGCCCUGCAGGAGGAAAUUAUCAUCUCUGGCUGCAAGAUGAGGCUGAGCUACCUGAGCAGCCGCACUGCUGGCUACAAGUCUGUCUUGAGGAUCAGCCUGACACACCCCACCAUUCCCUUCAACCUCAUGAAGGUCCACCUCAUGGUGGCGGUGGAGGGCCGUCUCUUCAGGAAGUGGUUCGCUGCAGCCCCAGACCUGUCCUUUCACUUCAUCUGGGACAAGACAGAUGUCUACAACCAGAAGGUGUAUGGGCUCUCUGAAGCCUUCGUUUCUGUGGGUUAUGAAUAUGAAUCCUGCCCUGAUCUGAUCCUGUGGGAGAAAAGGACUGCUGUGCUACAGGGCUAUGAAAUUGAUGCAUCCAAGCUUGGAGGAUGGACCCUUGACAAGCAUCAUGCCCUCAACAUCCAGAGUGGCAUCCUGCACAAAGGGAAUGGGGAGAACCAGUUUGUGUCUCAGCAACCACCGGUCAUCGGCAGCAUCAUGGGCAAUGGGCGCCGGAGAAGCAUUUCCUGCCCCAGUUGCAAUGGCCUUGCUGAUGGCAAUAAACUCCUGGCCCCCAUGGCCCUCACCUGUGGCUCUGAUGGCAGCCUCUACGUGGGAGACUUCAACUACAUCCGCAGGAUCUUUCCAUCUGGAAAUGUCACCAACAUCCUGGAGCUGAGAAAUAAAGAUUUCAGACAUAGUCAUAGUCCAGCCCAUAAAUACUACCUGACCACAGACCCCAUGAGCGGGGCUGUCUUCCUUUCUGACACCAACAGUCGGCGUGUCUUUAGGAUCAAGUCAACCAUGGUGGUGAAGGACGUGGUCAAGAACUCAGAGGUGGUGGCAGGGACUGGUGACCAGUGCCUCCCCUUUGAUGACACUCGCUGCGGAGAUGGUGGGAAGGCCACAGAAGCCACGCUUACCAAUCCCAGGGGCAUUACAGUGGACAAGUUUGGGCUGAUUUACUUCGUCGAUGGAACCAUGAUCAGACGUGUUGACCAGAAUGGGAUCAUCUCUACUCUGCUGGGUUCCAACGACCUUACCUCGGCCCGGCCACUCAGUUGUGACUCUGUCAUGGAUAUUUCUCAGGUUCGCCUGGAGUGGCCCACAGACUUAGCCAUCAACCCUAUGGACAACUCUCUCUAUGUCCUCGACAACAAUGUGGUCCUGCAAAUCUCUGAAAACCACCAGGUACGCAUUGUCGCGGGGAGACCCAUGCACUGCCAGGUCCCAGGCAUCGACCACUUCCUGCUGAGCAAGGUGGCCAUCCAUGCAACACUGGAGUCAGCCACUGCUCUGGCUGUUUCACACAAUGGAGUCCUGUACAUUGCUGAGACCGAUGAGAAAAAGAUCAACCGCAUCAGGCAGGUCACCACCAGCGGGGAGAUCUCGCUUGUGGCUGGCGCCCCCAGUGGCUGUGACUGCAAAAAUGAUGCCAACUGUGAUUGUUUCUCUGGAGAUGAUGGCUAUGCCAAGGAUGCAAAGCUGAAUACCCCCUCUUCCUUGGCUGUGUGUGCCGAUGGAGAGCUCUACGUGGCCGAUCUUGGGAAUAUCCGAAUCCGCUUCAUCCGGAAGAACAAGCCUUUUCUUAACACCCAGAACAUGUAUGAGCUAUCAUCCCCCAUUGACCAGGAGCUCUACCUGUUUGAUACAAGUGGCAGGCACCUGUACACACAGAGCUUGCCCACUGGAGACUAUCUGUACAACUUCACCUACACAGAGGAUGGUGACAUCACACGCAUCACAGAUAACAACGGCAACAUGGUAGAUGUCCGCAGAGAUUCUUCUGGCAUGCCCCUCUGGCUGGUGGUCCCCAAUGGCCAGGUAUACUGGGUGACCAUAGGCAUCAACAGUGCGCUCAGAAGCUUGACCACACAAGGACAUGAGUUGGCCAUGAUGACCUAUCAUGGUAGCUCUGGCCUUCUAGCAACCAAAAGCAAUGAAAAUGGAUGGACCACAUUUUAUGAGUAUGACAGCUUUGGCCGCCUGACGAAUGUGACCUUCCCUACUGGACAAGUGAGCAGUUUCCGAAGUGACACAGACAGCUCAGUGCAUGUCCAGGUAGAGACCUCCAGCAAGGAUGAUGUCACCAUAACCACCAACCUGUCUGCCUCUGGUGCCUUCUACACAUUGCUCCAAGACCAAGUCCGGAACAGCUACUACAUUGGAGCUGAUGGCUCCUUGCGGCUGCUGCUAGCCAAUGGCAUGGAAGUGGCACUGCAGACUGAGCCACACCUGCUGGCCGGCACUGUCAAUCCCACUGUGGGCAAGAGGAAUGUCACACUGCCCAUUGACAAUGGCCUCAACCUCGUGGAGUGGAGACAGCGCAAAGAGCAGGCUCGAGGCCAGGUCACCGUCUUCGGGCGGCGGCUGCGGGUUCACAACCGAAACCUCUUAUCUCUAGAUUUUGACCGUGUAACACGCACAGAGAAGAUUUACGAUGAUCAUCGAAAGUUCACCCUUCGGAUCCUUUAUGACCAGGCAGGGAGGCCCAGCCUCUGGUCACCUAGCAGCAGACUGAACGGCGUCAAUGUAACAUACUCCCGUAAGGGCCGAAUUGCUGGCAUCCAGAGGGGCAUCAUGUCUGAGAGAAUGGAAUAUGACCAGGAGGGUCGCAUCUCAUCCAGGAUCUUUGCUGAUGGGAAGACAUGGACCUACACAUACUUAGAGAAGUCCAUGAUGCUGCUCCUCCACAGCCAGAAGCAGUACAUGUUCGAGUUUGAUGAGAAUGGUCGCCUGGCGUCUGUGACAAUGCCCAAUGUGGCUCGGCAAACCCUGGAGACCAUUCGCUCAGUGGGCUACUACAGGAACAUCUACCAGCCCCCUGAGGGCAAUGCCUCAGUUAUCCAAGACUUCACUGAAGACGGACACCUUCUGCACACCUUCUACUUGGGCACCGGCCGCAGGGUGAUUUACAAGUAUGGCAAGUUGUCCAAGCUAGCUGAGACACUAUAUGACACAACCAAAGUAAGCUUCACCUAUGACGAGACGGCUGGCAUGCUGAAGACCAUCAACCUGCAGAACGAGGGCUUCACCUGCACCAUCCGCUACCGUCAGAUCGGGCCCCUGAUUGACCGGCAGAUCUUCCGCUUCACAGAGGAAGGCAUGGUCAAUGCCCGUUUUGAUUAUAAUUAUGACAACAGCUUCCGAGUGACCAGCAUGCAGGCUGUGAUCAACGAGACGCCACUGCCCAUCGAUCUCUAUCGCUAUGAUGACGUAUCAGGCAAGACAGAGCAGUUUGGGAAAUUUGGGGUCAUCUACUAUGAUAUUAACCAGAUCAUUACCACAGCGGUCAUGACCCACACCAAGCACUUUGAUGCAUAUGGCAGGAUGAAGGAAGUGCAGUAUGAGAUCUUCCGCUCGCUCAUGUACUGGAUGACUGUCCAGUAUGAUAACAUGGGGCGAGUAGUGAAGAAGGAAUUGAAGGUAGGGCCCUAUGCCAAUACCACCCGCUACUCCUAUGAGUAUGAUGUCGAUGGCCAGCUGCAGGCAGUAUCCAUAAAUGACAGGCCACUCUGGCGCUACAGUUAUGACCUCAAUGGGAACCUACAUUUGCUGAGCCCUGGGAACAGUGCGCGGCUCACUCCAAUACGGUAUGAUCUCCGUGAUCGUAUCACGAGGUUGGGUGACGUGCAAUACAAGAUGGAUGAGGAUGGCUUCCUACAGCAGCGGGGAGGGGAUGUCUUUGAAUACAACUCAGCCGGCCUGCUCAUUAAGGCCUACAACCGGGCCAGUGGAUGGAGCGUCAGGUACCGCUACGAUGGCCUGGGGCGGCGGGUAUCCAGCAAGAGUAGCCACAGCCAUCACCUACAGUUCUUCUAUGCAGAUUUGACCAACCCCACCAAGGUCACCCACCUGUACAACCACUCCAGCUCUGAGAUCACGUCCCUCUACUAUGACCUGCAGGGACACCUCUUUGCUAUGGAGCUGAGCAGUGGAGAUGAGUUUUAUAUAGCGUGUGACAAUGUUGGGACCCCACUUGCUGUCUUCAGUGGGACAGGCUUGAUGAUCAAGCAGAUCCUGUAUACGGCUUUCGGGGAGAUUUACAUGGACACCAACCCCAACUUCCAGAUCAUCAUUGGCUACCAUGGUGGCCUCUAUGAUCCAUUUACCAAGCUUGUCCACAUGGGCCGACGGGAUUAUGAUGUGCUGGCUGGACGCUGGACUAGCCCAAACCACGAGCUAUGGAAGCAUCUGAGUAGCAGCAACCUCAUGCCUUUUAAUCUCUACAUGUUUAAAAACAAUAACCCCAUCAGCAACUCUCAGGACAUCAAGUGCUUCAUGACAGAUGUCAACAGCUGGCUGCUCACCUUUGGAUUCCAGCUGCACAAUGUGAUCCCUGGCUAUCCCAAACCAGACACAGACGCCAUGGAGCCAUCCUAUGAGCUGGUGCACACACAGAUGAAAACACAGGAAUGGGACAACAGCAAGUCUAUCCUCGGGGUCCAAUGUGAAGUGCAGAAGCAGCUCAAAGCCUUCGUCACUUUAGAACGCUUUGACCAACUUUACGGUUCCACGAUCACCAGCUGCCAGCAGGCCCCAGAAACAAAGAAGUUUGCCUUUAAAGGCUCCAUCUUUGGCAAGGGGGUCAAGUUUGCCUUGAAGGAUGGUCGAGUGACCACAGACAUCAUCAGUGUGGCCAAUGAGGAUGGACGGAGGAUUGCUACCAUCUUGAACAAUGCCCACUACCUAGAAAACCUGCACUUUACCAUUGAUGGGAUGGACACCCACUACUUUGUGAAACCAGGGUCUUCAGAAAGUGAUUUGGCCAUCCUGGGCCUCAGUGGGGGCCAGCGAACCCUGGAGAAUGGGGUCAAUGUCACCGUGUCCCAGAUCAACACCAUGCUCAAUGGCAGGACUAGACGCUACACAGACAUCCAGCUGCAGUAUAGGGCAUUGUGCUUGAACACCCGCUACGGGACCACACUGGAUGAGGAGAAGGCACGGGUGCUGGAGCUGGCCCGGCAGAGAGCCGUAAGCCAGGCUUGGGCCCGAGAACAGCAGAGACUUCGGGAAGGGGAAGAAGGCCUGCGAGCCUGGACAGAGGGGGAGAAGCAGCAGGUGCUGAACACAGGGAGGGUACAAGGCUACGAUGGUUUCUUCGUGAUCUCUGUUGAGCAGUACCCAGAACUGUCAGACAGCGUCAACAAUAUCCACUUCAUGAGACAGAGUGAGAUGGGCCGAAGGUGACAAGAGAGGCCAAGGCCUGGACUUCUUGCCAAAGACAGCUACACUUUUGUGGCCGCAUAUCUGACUGUGUUGUACUUUAAAAAAAAAUCCUUUUUAUAAACAAAUGCAGAAAACAAACAAAAAAAAAGAUACUGGUUGCAUCGAUAACUCAUGCAACAUCUUUUUUUUUUUAAAGAAAAGAAAACACAAAUUUGGCCUUCACACUUUUUUUCUUUUUUUUUUUUGGCAAAGAAAACAGAAGAUAUUUUUUUUUCCUGUAGUGUGAUAACAAUGGAAACUUUAUUGUCUU